AUGUCCACCAGCUGGACAGGUCGAUUAAAGUCCAUAUUCGCCCCUCCCGCUCAUGAGGCAGCAGAGUAUGAGCUCGUUCCUACCAGAGACAUUGCUGUCAACAACCUCCCCCAAAACGAUGAUAUCAACAGUAUCACGAGUCUUUCAGGUCCUUUUGAUAACAUAGAAUCCGACUUGGAAUCAAAAAGUCUCAGAAGAGUACCCGCCCCUGUCCCAUGGCCUGCUCGGUUAUGUGCUAGCCGUCCAUUGCCCCCGGGAGGUAAUGGGGCCGGCGCCCCAGCACCUGGGAGUGAGAUGACCCCAGGAGCGUUGGGAAAAGGCUUGCAAGUCAGCACUACUCUAGGCGGUGUCAUGGCUCUAUUAGCGUGGACUUCUCCCUUGGCCGGUGGUCUGCUGGCGGAUCUUCGAUGGGGCAAGUUCAAGACUAUAGCCAUAGGUACUGCCAUGGGAGCUGUUUCUCAUCUUUUACUAGUCUACGCUGCUCUGCCAAGUUUGUUACAGAAUGGAAACUCUUUCGGUCCCUUUUUAUUCGCCAUGUUGAUUUUGUGUGUUUCGAUAGGUUUGAUAAAGGCGAAUAUAGUGCCUAUCAUGGGUGAGCAAUACACUCCCACCGAAGAUUAUGUGGACACUUUACCAUCUGGAGAAAAGGUCAUAAUCGACCGAGAAGCUACAAUACAAGCCAUCAUGGCAUCUUAUUAUGCCAGUGUGAAUCUGGGUUCCUUUGUGGCCAUCGGUUCUACCUUUGCCGAGAAGUAUGUCGGCUACUGGCUUGCGUUCCUACUUCCGGGGAUCGUGUUUGCAGUCAUGCCCCCAAUGUUAUGGAUAGUCCACCCUCAUCUCGUCACAUCACCAACCCCAAAAGCCUCGGCUCUUCUCGAUAAUAUCUCAACAGCCCGUCGGCUACUGUCUCGUCACAUCAAGCUUACAGAGGAUGAAUCCAAGGAAGUGUUCGAGCUACGACAAUGUAUCCGAGCCUGCAAGUUAUUCCUCUUCUUCGUCAUUUACAAUGUCGCGGACGGAGGUUUGAUCGUUAUGACCACCAGCUUGACAGGAUCUAUGACAACAUCUGGGGUACCUAAUGAUUUCCUCGAAGCUGCAAACCCUUUAUUCAUUGUCAUCACUCUACCAAUUUUGAAUAAAUGGGUGUAUCCUUAUUUGACAGCGAGGAAGAUCCGGUUUGGGCUCGUUAAACGAGUUGUUGCUGGCUUUUUGAUUGCUGCAUUGUCAACAGUAUAUUGUGCGGUUCUUCAACAUGCGGUAUAUCAAACUUCCCCAUGUGGUUAUAACGCCACCGACUGCCUGGCCGGCGUAUCACCUCUUAGCGCGUGGCUAUACUUCCCCGCUUCGGCCAUGCUAGGUAUCAGUGAAGCUCUGGCGUGGGUGAGCGGGCUUGAGAUCGGUUACAUGCUGGCUCCUCCUUCUCUGCGAGCUAUGAUCAACGGUCUUUUCCACUCUAUGAUCGCAGUCGAAGCGGCUCUCGUCAUGAUUUUCGUCCCAUUCAUGAAAGAUCCAUACCUCGUUUGGCCCUUCUCAAUCACUGUGAGUAAUCACUCUUCUUCGAAACGUCCCGCUGAUAGAUGGGCCUUCGCAACUGUUGUCGCCGCUUGGGCGGUGUGGUAUCUCUUUGGUGAUCUGGACAAUGACUAG